AUGCCAUCAAGUCAUAACGACAAUCUUUUACUUAUAUUUUAUCCUUGUUUUGGCCGCAACAACAAUCAAAAAAACAGAAAAUUAUCGUCACAAUAUAAUUCUAAUGCACACGUGCUAAAGAAAAUGGAUCAGAACGAUAUUGUAUUUGUAUGGAAAAUAGCCAUUAUGGAAGCAGUCAAUGUCUUUUCAGAAGCAGUUAAUAAUUUAUUUUUUGAAAUCAUUUGCGAAGCAAACUUUCGAUUAGAUAUCAUACACACUUCACGUACUACGAAUGCUACUAUGAAUGCACGAUUCACUGCUGUUGAUGUCGUUGAUACUGUUGAUAACAACGAACAAGAAGGCGACGAAGGUGUUGAUGAAAUAUUAAAGAUUAAGAUCGAUUAA